AUGGUGAUCGGGGUCGCAAUGAUGGCAGCUAUGGUUCCUACCGUUUACGCUGUGGGCGAAGCGAGUAAUAGAAAAGAUAAAGGAAAGGAACAAAAUAGGGACGACCAGGAGGAAAGAUACCACUUAAUCACGAAAUGUCAUCUACCCUCCGUUCCUCAACAUCAGAAAGCACAGGUCCACAAUGCCAGGGUUUAUUUGGACCUUGAUGGCAGAAUAUAUAUAAGCCAGCACCAGUUACCUCGCAUAGUUCCAUUUGCUGGAUACUUCUACUCUCAUCCUGAUUUAGAGCAAGGCAACCUGGCCGGCCUCGUAACCGUCAGUCCUGAGACACCACCACAGCUGCGCUGGACUUUCCUCGACUCGAACACGCAUGAAAUGAGGUGGGGAGGAGUAAAUGAUAGGGAAGGUCACAUAAGUGGGCCAUUUGGCUUGCACGAUGAUGGAUCUCUCACGCUGAAUGGAAGCCGAAGGUGGAUGGCAGUGAGGCACCACGAAGAUGGGGAUCACGAAGCAGAAUCUGACCCUACGGCUGCGUCGGGACUUUGGAGGCUCUAUUUUGAUUCAGGAGAGAACCACUCCGUUGACUUACCGGCUGGUGCGGAAAGUAUCGAAAUCGAAUUAGAAAUGGUUCGCUAUCCCCGGAGGCCUACUCAUUCGACUUCCUAG